UGUAACGAAAAUGAAAUUAAACAAGACGAAACCAUCAUUAAUCCAAAGAAGAGAGAACCGGAGGGAACUGAUGGGCGGUCGAUGGACCAAUCAGGAACUGAUCCCAUUCGUCAGAACUCUGAUGGUACUGUCUCAGUCAUGAUCCUAGCCAAGCCAGGGGCCAAACAAACCGCCAUCACUGACAUCACGCAAGACAGUGUUGGUGUACAAAUAUCAGCGCCACCUGUAGAUGGUGAAGCCAAUACAGAAUUGGUCAAAUUCAUGUCAAAAACUCUGGGAAUCAGGAAGUCAGAUGUGGUGCUGAACAGGGGUUCAAAAUCUCGUACCAAACUGUUGGUGAUAACGGGGAAGAGUAGGGAUGAGGUGGAGGAGAUGAUAAGAUCUCAGACAGAACAGUAACACAGACGUGUGGUCUAUGACAUGAUGUGAUCCGGGGGCCACCAGAUGUCGCGCUCCGUCUGUGACGUCAUAUUCCUGUGUGUGGAGGAACGUAAUCGCCCCGUGUUCGGGACUUAGUGCAUUGAUAUACUCAUCCGGUUCAAUGUUCAGUAUCAGCUCCAGUUCACCUACAGAAACUGUUCAGAGGGAGAGAAAAAGAACUGCUUUGACAUCAUGACAAAUUUUGUGUUGAUAUGAUGCAUGGUAAAAACUGCAGGAUGAAUUGUUCAAAGAGGGGGGAAAUGCUGUAUUAUUAAUUAUACAUUUUAUCAAAUGUAUGAAAAUGAUUUUUAUUUUAAAAUUGCAAAAUAUGAAUAAAUUAUUGAAACUAU